AUGGAUGUUAGUCAGAUAAUUUCCUACUGGGGUUACCCAAGUGAAGAGUAUGAAGUUAUCAUUGCAGAUGGUUACAUCCUUCAGCUCAACUGGAUUCCUAAUGGGAAGAAUGGUGCUAAUUAUUUAGAUGCUGGUUAUGAUGUGUGGAUGGGAAUGACAGAGACUACUUGGUCCAGGAAACACUUAUACCUAGAUCAAGAUUCUAAAGAAUUCUGGGCUUGGCAAUUUGAUGAAAUGUUAAAAUGUGAUCUUACAGCCAACAUUGAUUAUAUUGUGAAGAAAACAGGACAAAAGCAAAUUUAUUAUGUGGGCCAUUCCCAAGGAGCACUUACUCGUUUUAUUGCCUUUUCUACCAAUCCCACACUAGCUAAAAAAAUCAAAACCUUUUAUGCAUUAGCUGCAGUUGCCGCAGUGAAAUAUAACAAAAGCCCACUUAGGAAACUUGCAUUUAUUUCUUCUUCCAUUUUCAAGAUUAUAUUUGAUAACAAAAUAUAA